CGGUUGGAGAAGCCGGCCGCGCUGACGUCACGUGGCGUCGGGACUACGGCGGCUGCGUGAGACCAAACCGAAGAGGGAUGUAGCAAAGGCGCAUCGUUACGACCUCCGAGACCCUACGGUGCACGCCGAGGGACAUCCCAGGUACAUUGUGUUAAUUGUUAGGAAAAUAAGCAAAAUGGCAGCCAAAAGGAUUACCCAAGAAACCUUUGACGAUGUGGUGCAGGAGAAUAUUGUGGAGUUCGGCAUGGAUCCAGAGGAGGCUUUGGCCGACGCCAUCCAACAAUUCGAGUCUCAAGGUGUGGAUUUGAGCAACAUAGUGAAGGUGGCGCCAAAUCCCACUGCUGAGAAUGGACCAGAACAGAAACAUGCCAUUUUACAGACCCUGGACAGCCUCCAGAAGGCCCUCCUCAACACCAACUCUGAUCAAGUGGACGAGCUGCUGGUCAGCUUCGUAAAGCAGUGCCGGAAGGAGCUGGCCGUCCGGUACCUGGCGGGCCAGAAGGGCGCCUACUCUACGGUGCUGGCUGCCUGCCGCCGGGCCGUGGAGGGCCAUUGCUCAAUGCUCAAGGCCUUGCAGGCACUGGCAGCGCUGCUGGACGGCCAGCCGGACCUACUGGAGGCCUGUGGGAGGGAGCUAGUUCUGCAAGCGCUGCGGGAGAGUGGUCCCGAGGAGGCCGAGCUGACCCUGGCUGCGGUGCGCUGCGUGCGCCACGCCUGCCUGAAGCAUGAGCGGAACCGACAGGAGCUAGUGCAGGCAGGGGUACUAGGCCUGCUGACCGGUGCCAUCCAGCGGCAUGGGGAGCGGGCCGAGGUGGUGCGUGAGGCCUGUCUGGGCCUGCGGGUCAUGACCUUCGACGACGAUAUCCGGGUGCCCUUCGGCCAUGCACAUGACCACGCCAAAAGCAUUGUGGUCGAACACAACGGCUUGGGUGUGCUCAUCGAGGCUGCCAAGGCCUUCACAGACAACUGCGAUGUCCUGAGUGAGAUCUGUGCCACUUUGGCCCGGCUUUCUGUCCGGAAUGAGUUUUGCCAGGACAUUGUGGACUUGGGAGGCUUGAACUUCAUCGUGGCCCUGCUGGCCGAUAGCAUAGACCACCAGGAUCUGGUGAAGCAGGUACUGAGCGCCAUCCGGGCCAUUGCGGGCAACGAUGACGUGAAGGACGCCAUUGUCAAUGCCGGUGGGACUGACCUCAUUGUGCUGGCCAUGAGCCGCCAUCUUGGAAGCCCCCAGGUGUGCGAACAGAGCUGUGCGGCACUGUGCAUGCUGGCCCUGCGCAAGCCAGAGAACUGCCGGGUCAUCAUGGAAGGCGGCGGGGCCUUGGCGGCACUCCAGGCCAUGAAGGCCCACCCCCGGGAGGCCGGCGUCCAGAAGCAGGCCUGCAUGCUCAUCCGCAACUUGGUGGCGCACAGCCAGGACUUUUCGCAGCCCAUUCUGGAUCUGGGAGCCGAGAGCCUGAUCGCGGAGGCCCGGGCCACCCACCGGGACUGCGACGACGUAGCCAAGGCAGCGUUGCGGGACCUGGGCUGCAAGGUGGAGCUGCGCGAGCUCUGGACUGGGCAGAAGGGUAGCCUGGCCCGUUGAGACCCCAAGAGUCCACCCAGGUACCCCAAAAAACAUGGGGAAUAUGAAUCCCAAUAAUCUCUCCUCCAGUGCUUGGAGACAGCCUCGGACUGGUGCCAUUUCUUUCUUUGCCAUCAACACUCUUUGCCGUGGCCUCCCAAAACGCUGUGCUUUGGACUCCGGGUGUUAUUAUCCACUGUCCCCCCCCCCCCACUCUUUUGUGUGUAGUGGCUCCCAAAUAAGGUUUGUUCCAAAAGCCUUUGAAAAAGUUGUCAGAGAACGAGCAAGAGUGAAAAGGGGUUCCUGUACCUUUACUUGUGAGAUACCUGUAAUUGUGAGAUCAUGCGAAAAGGGGGUCCUGUACCUUUAAUUGAGAGACACAGCAAAAAGGGCCCCCGUACCUUUAAUGGUGAUAUCCAGCAAAAAAGACCCCCUUGUACCUUUAAUUGUGAGGUCCUGCAAAAAGGAGCCUCUAUACCAUUAAUUGUGAGAUGCUGCAAAAAAGAGCCCUUGUACCUUUAAUUGUGAGAAGCUGCAGAAAGAGGCUCCUGUACCUUUAAUUAAGAAAUCCAGCAAAAAGGAGCUCCUGUAUCUUUAAUUGUGAGAUCCUGCAAACAGGGGCUCCUGUACCUUCAAUAGUGAGAUCUUGCAAAAAAAAAAAAAGGGGGGGGGAGCUCCUGUGCCUUUAAUUGUGAGAUACCUUAAAUUGAGAGAUUCUGUGAAAGGGGGCUUAUGUACCUUUAUUUGAGAGAUGAUGCGAAAAGGGGCUCCUGUGCCUUUAAUUGUGAGAUCUUGAAAGGGGUGUGCGGCCUUAAAAGUACAGGAGCCCUUUCCUGCUUUCGUUACUAUUGUUAAUAGUGUUUGGAUCCUUUUUUUCACCUUAUUGGCUGUCUGUUGUGCUAUCAAUGUUAUUUAAAACAAA